AUGAAGCAGCGAGGCAACACCGGCAACAUCCUGCGCGCCGAGGAGGCCCUGAAGAUUUUGGAGGCCAUGACUGCCAGGGUGGACGCCAUGCUUGUGCACCUUGGUGUCGCCAUACCUGCAGUGCCACACGUGUCAGAGCACACCGCGCCCAAGUUCGAUCACAAGGAUUAUGACGUGACCGAUUGCUGCCACACGCUCAGCACUUGCGGGAUCGGGGCCAAACUUUUGAAUUUGGAGCCAGAAGAGAUCCAACUCAUCACGACUACUUGCUGCUCGGAGAACACCAGCCGGCGCCCAUACGGCGAGCUUGGGAGCGUGACUGUCACUAGGUGUUGUGGCUGCUGUGUGUCUACCUCGUCCUCGCUCGGCCCCAUCAGCCCUGGAUGUGGGUGCCAGGCGGAGGUUGUCGACGAUAUCAACAAGGACCUCGAAGAGCGCAUGAGGCUGCGCGGCGACACGGGCAACAUCCAGCGCCAGGACGAGACCCUACACUUGGCAAGGCAGCAGAACCCGAAGGUCGAGAAACUCUGCACAAAGGUGGGCGUGCCGCUGGCACGAGCGCCCGCGCCGCAGCGGAUGGGCUGA